CAAUUGGGGACGACGACGCAAGCAUACGGCGAACCAUGGUACUGGGACAACCCGCUACGCCACGAAUCGGGACUCUUCGAUUGGUACCAGAAGUACCCUUCCUUGUCUCCUCUCAUUAAUCUCUACAUCCCUCAUCGCCACCAACGCAUCCUUGUCGUCGGCUGCGGCAACUCAGCAUUUAGUGAGGGAAUGAUCGAUGAUGGCUACGAGGAUGUUGUCAGCGUAGACAUAUCAUCUGUCGUGGUUGAAGCUAUGCAAAAGAAGUAUUCCAAUCGCCCGCAGCUCAAAUAUAUUAAAAUGGAUGUCCGCUCUAUGACUGAUUUUCAAGCUGCUUAUUUUGAUGCUGUUAUUGAUAAAGGAACUCUAGACUCUAUUUUGUGUGGGAAUAACUCACGGCAGAAUGCAACACAGAUGCUUGAGGAAGUUUGGAGGGUCCUCAAGGAAAAAGGAGUUUAUAUUCUGGUUACAUAUGGAGCUCCAGUUUACCGUCUACGCUUGUUGAAAGAAUCGUGCUCUUGGACUAUAAAACUUCAUGUCAUAGGUUGGUCUUAGUCCAUUUCUAGUUGUAUUAUGUCUGGUCUUGGUACAGCGGUACUAGUGAUCGUUCCUUUUUUGUCCUUAGAGUCGUUAAGAAGAUUGAACGCCUAUGAGCUUUUACUUCGGCAUGGUUUACCAUUUACUAUUUAUUAUUGCAUGUUGAAGUCUACCCUUACAUGCUCAAGUUUGUAGUUUGACUAAUCAAAGUCCAGGGCAGCAUUCGCUAUUUCCUCCCCAUGCCCAACCCACCCAAGUCCGACACAUUCUUUCUCUUCUUUUAUUUUCAGGCUAUUGUACCCUUAUUUCUAAUUGAGAAUUUGAUUCCCAAGCUUUUUCCUCUCUUUUCUUUUCAGGCUACUGUGUCCCAUAUUCCUAAUUGAGAAUUUGAUUCUUGAGUGAAGUGCAAGUUCUUUUCCUUCUCUUUUACGUUGCCCUAUUUUGCUAGUUUCAAAGUGUCUUUUGAUUUCUUCCUUUCGCCUUCUUUUUCCAAAAGGAGGAACAUUUAUAUCAUGUUUUCUUGCCCCAGAGGAACAUUUAAACUGUCUGUUCAUCUUGUAUCAGAAGAAAGCUCAUAAAAUGCUCUCAUAAUCUGGCUUGUCAUAUGCAGAGGAAACUUCUAUCAGAAGAAAGCUCAAAACUACCAGUGUGGGAACUGACCCAACCAGUUUCAUUAGAUGACGAUGGGGAGUUCAGCGGAAGCUGUACUUGGG